AUGUUAGCGGACAUGGUGACAAAUAAAGGUGGUUUACGUUUAAUCACUACACGAUCCUAUCAGAUUAAUGACACUGAACUACCCAGUGACAUGAUCGCUCACACAUGGUUUGCUAAUGCACAUUUAGAGUUCAAAACUCAUCUAAGACAUGAAAAUUAUGAAUCAGAUCAGAGCUUCAAAGUUUGA